AAUAACCCCAAUGUUUGUGGUUCUUAUGCCGGUCAUACGGAGGCAGUGUUACCAACCUUCUAUUUUUUAUUGAAUAUAAUUUGUUGAAGUCUCCCUGUCGGGGUAACAUGAGACAGUAGGCGCUUUCCAAUGACCUGCAUAGCGCGCUUCCGGAGUGCUCCGUAACUGCUCGAUUAACUUUUUGUGUGUUCCUUUGCACAGAAGCGCCACACUCUUGAACCGCACAUUUUGCAUUCCCCUGCCCCCUCAAACACAUGCAAAUUUUUAGAACAGUUCAAAAGUUUUACGCACUUUUAGGUUAGGAUUUUAAUAACAUUUGUUGCAAUGGAUAUGUUGGUGAUGGUAAGUACCGAAAAAUAUACUUCCUACUUGUAUGAACUCAAAUGAUUUAUUGCAGGAUCUGUUGACGGGUACCUUAUCUGAAACUGAUGCAUCAGAUUCCUCAGAUGAAGAUGACCAAUUUAUAAAGGAACCCCCAACCAAGAUUACUCGCAUUGAAAAUUUUGUUGAAGAAACAGUACCACAAUACAGUGAUGCAGUGUUUCAAGAACAUUUUAGAAUGUGCCGGAGAGUGGUGGAUUUUAUUAUAGGAUACUUUGCACAAAGUGCAUAUAAAGCUGCAAGCAUUGGUGGCCGUGACAAAGUAUCGAAUGAGAAAGCAAUAUUGUUAUCGUUAUGGUACCUUGCCAAUACAGAAACAUUUCGACAGGUUGCGGAUCGUUUCAAUGUGUCUUUAAGUUCAGCACAUAGGUGUUUGGUGCGUGUAAUUACUUUUCUGACAUCCAUUAAGCAUGAAUAUAUAGUAUGGCCUUGUAAGAACGAAGCGAAACAUAUUGGUGAAGAAUUUGAGAAAAAGCAGGGAAUCAAAAAUGUUAUUGGGGCAAUUGACGGCUGUCACAUUCGAAUAAAUAAACCCAAACUCAAUCAAGAUUCGUAUGUUAACCGAAAAGGUUACCAUAGUAUUUUGCUUCAAGGUGUAGUUAAUAACAGAAAAAUGUUUAUAGAUGUAUAUUGUGGAGAACCUGGGUCUUUGCAUGAUGCCAGAUUGUUGCGUAAAUCAACAUUAUAUGCAAAGGCUGCAGAAAAUGAAGACAUAUUUUAUAAUGUUUUUGUUGGGAGACUCGGCAUAUCCAUGUCUUAAUUGGAUUGUCCCACCGUUUAAAGAUAAUGGCAACUUAACUGUACAGCAGAAAAGAUUUAAUUAUAAACAUUCCAGCACUAGAAUUUGUGUAGAAAAUGCAUUUGGCUUGUUGAAGGGAAGAUUUCGCAGGUUGACACAUUUUGAGAAUUUAGAUAUGCAUCUAAUUGUUAAAUGCAUCAUGGCAUGUUGUGUUCUUCACAACCUUUGUCUUAAGGAAGGCGACGAUUGUGAGAUAACGGAAGUCAAUAUUUCUGAAGAUGUGUCUAAUGAUCCUCAAAGGCAAGAUAAUUUACCAGUCAACAACAGAAGAGAGCAAGUAUUUCUUUUAUUGAGAGAUCAAAUGUAAAUAUUUUUAUUUGUUACUCAGUUGUAAACGUUGAUUAACAAGACAAAACGCAAACGGGUAAACGUC